GUCCCCACAUUCCCACGGUCCCACAUUCCCCAGCCCUGCAGCGAGGACACUGCGCAGACAGCAAGAGAGAAAGCGGAGCUCGUUGGAUUUAAUCCAUUUUAUGUCCUAGAAAACAUUUGUACAGGUCACACUGAACAGCAGAUUGUUGUCUCAAGCCAGUGCUGAUCAAUGACAGUUUAGCUGCAGUAUGUCAGAGAAGAGAGGAAAGAUGAGUCUCUCAGAGAAACAGAGUGUAAGAUCAGACUCACAUGUGUCUGUGAAGAGUGACCGGUCAAAGGAUGGUGAAAGACCGAACUUCAGUGAGAAAAAAACAUCUAUCAAAAGUGUAAGAUCAGACUCACAUGUGUCCAGCUCUGUGUCUGUGAAGAGUGACUGGUCAAAGGAAGAACCACCAUACUUCAGUGAAGAAACAACAUCACGAACCAAACGGCUUCAGUAUGAAACAUUAGAUCCAGAUUUACAGUCUCACAGGAACCACAAGAAUUAUACAGACAGUCUCCUGCAGAUCUUCCAGGAUCUUGACAGCAAAGUAAUAAAAUUUCUAAAGAAAGAACUGGAAAAGUUUAAGAAAAUAUUACAAAAAGAGGACAUGCAAUACUUUGUGAAGGACUUUAAUGAGAACAGAUGCAGUAUGAAAGAAGCAGCUCUUGAUCUCACGCUCUACUUCCUGAGAGAGAUGAAGCAAGAUGAAGCUGCUGAUACUCUAGAAGAUGAACUGGUCUUCAUUCAUCAGCUAAAGUGUAGCCUAAAGAAGAAGUAUCAAUGUGUGUUUGAAGGAAUUGCAAAGCAAGGAGACUCUACACUUCUGAAGAACAUCUACACAGAUCUCUAUAUCACUCAGGGUUGUAGUGAACAGGUCAAUACUGAACAUGAGGUGAGACAGAUUGAAGUUGCUUCCAGACGUCAUGAAUCACAGGAGAUACAGGUUGAGUGCAAACAUUUGUUUGAAGCACCUGAACAAGACAAGCAGAUCAGAACUGUACUGACAAAAGGAGUUGCUGGCAUCGGAAAAUCAGUCUCUGUGCAGAAGUUUGUUCUGGAUUGGGCCGAAGGAAAAGAAAAUCAAGAUAUCAGCUGCAUAUUUCCUCUUCCAUUUAGAGAGAUGAACUUAAAGGAGCUAGAAAAACUGAGUUUGAUGGACCUUAUAACUCAGUUUUUCCCAGAGACAAAAGGACUGAACCUUACGAGAAGAAAUCAAUUCAAAGUCUUGUUCAUUCUUGAUGGAUUGGAUGAAUGUCGUCUUCCUGUAAACUUUAAGGAUAAUGAGACGUGGUCUGAUGUUUCAUCACCAGUCUCUCUGGAUGUUCUCCUGACGAACCUCAUCAAGGGAAAUCUGCUUCCUUCUGCUCUCAUCUGGAUCACCAGCAGACCAGCAGCUGCCAGUAAGAUUCUUCCUGACUGUAUCGACCGGCUGACAGAGAUACGAGGAUUCAAUGACGCACAAAAGGAGGAGUACUUCAGAAAAAGAUUCACGGAUGAGAAUCAGGCCAAAGAAAUCAUUGAUCAUGUUAAACAAUCAAAGAGUCUCUUUAUCAUGUGCCACAUCCCAGUCUUCUGCUGGAUUUCAGCCACUGUUCUCCAGAACAUUUUAGAGGAGAAAAGAAAUAAUGUUGUGAAAAACAAUCAGGCUGAUGAUGCCUCCAAAACACUGCAGGAGUCAAAUACUGAAGACACUCCUAAGACUCUGACACAAAUGUACACACACUUCCUCAGAUUUCAGAUCCAGCAGAGCAGACGAAAGUAUGAUGGAGAACAUACACCAGAUGUUUCCUGGGAUAAAGAUGCCAUCUUUUCACUGGGGAAACUGGCAUUUGAUCAGCUGGAAAGAAACAAUGUGAUCUUCUAUGACACAGAUCUGGAAGCCUGUGGUAUUGACGUCUAUAAGGCAUCAGUGUACUCAGGCAUGUGUACCCAGAUCUUUAAGGAGGAAACAGGGAUCACUCUUGGUACCAUGUACUGCUUCGUUCACUUGAGCAUUCAAGAGUUUAUUGCAGCCCUUUAUGCACAUCUGUUUCUAGACAUAAAGAAGAUAAGUAUAUUUGUUCAUGAGUCUACAGAACAGGAAAACAAAAGUGAAACCAUGAUUGAUUUGCUCAAGACUGCAGUGGACAAGACACUAGAGAGUGAUAAUGGACACCUGGAUCUUUUUCUUCGCUUCCUCCUUGGUUUGUCUCUCCAGUCCAAUCAGAGACUCUUACAGGGUCUGUUGACACAGAAAAAUAGAAAUGAGCAGAGCAAAAAGGAAAUAGUUCAGUACAUCAAGCAGAAAUUAGAGUCUAAUCUGUCUCCAGAGAGAUCCAUCAAUCUGUUCUACUGUCUGAAUGAACUGAACGACCAAACUCUGGUGAAAGACAUUCAGACCCACCUUAGCAAAGGAAGUCUCUCAUCUGAUGAUCUUUCACCUGCCCAGUGGUCUGCUUUGGUCUUUGUGUUGUUGACAUCAGAGGAGGAGCUGGAGGAGUUUGAGCUUCAGAAAUUCAAGAAAUCAGACGAGUGUCUCAUUAGAUUAUCGGCAGUCAUCAAAACCUCUAAAAGAGCUCUGUUAAAUGAUUGUGGCUUAACAGACAAAAGCUGUCCAGCUCUGGCUACAGUUCUUGGGUCAGAUACCAAUCUGAAAGAGCUGAACAUGAACAAUAAUAAUCUGCAGGAUUUAGGAGUGAAGCUACUUUGCACUGGAUUUAAGGAUAUAAAUUGCAAAUUAGAGAUACUGAGACUUUCAGACUGCAGUAUCAGUGAAGAAGGUUAUAAAGCUCUGUCUUCAGCUCUGAGAUCAAACCCUUCAAACCUGAUAGAGCUGGAUCUCACAGGAAAUGAUCCUGGAGAAUCAGGAGUGAAACAACUCAGUGAUUUAUUACAGGAUCCAAACUGUCAACUCAACACACUGAGGUUUUUGGGUCCUGCUGCAGAUGAAGGCUGUAAGUAUGUGACUGGAAUUGUGGGUAAAAACCCGUUACUCCUGAGAGAGCUGAAUGUGAGUAAUCAUAAACUAGGAGACACAGAAGUGAAUCAGAUCGCUGCUCUUCUGCAGGAUAAACACUGUACACUCAAUACACUGAAUCUGUGUAGAUGCAGUAUUACAGAGAAACACUGUCUCAUCCUGACUUCAGCUCUGAAAUCAAACCCAUCACACCUGAGAGAACUGAACCUGAGCGGGAAUAAACUACUAGGAGACUCUGGAGUGAAACACCUCAGUGAUCUACUGAUGAACACACAAUUCAAGCUGGAGAAACUAGAUCUGUGUGGAUGCAGUAUUACAGAGAAACAGUGUCUCAUUCUGACUUCAGCUCUGAAAUCAAACCCAUCACACCUGAGAGAACUGAACCUGAGCGUGGAUGAACUACUAGGAGACUCUGGAGUGAAACACCUCAGUGAUCUACUGAUGAACACACAAUUUAAGCUGGAGAAACUAGAUCUGUGUGGAUGCAGUAUUACAGAGAAACAGUGUCUCAUCCUGACUUCAGCUCUGAAAUCAAACCCAUCACACCUGAGAGAACUCAACCUGAGCUGGAAUGAACUACUAGGAGACUCUGGAGUGAAACACCUCAGUGAUCUACUGAUGAACACACAAUUCAAGCUGGAGAAACUAGAUCUGUGUGGAUGCAGUAUUACAGAGAAACAGUGUCUCAUCCUGACUUCAGCUCUGAAAUCAAACCCAUCACACCUGAGAGAACUGAACCUGAGCGAAAAUGAACUACUAGGAGACUCUGGAGUGAAAAACCUCAGUGAUCUACUGAUGAACACACAAUUCAAGCUGGAGAAACUAGAUCUGAGUGAUUCCAGUAUUACAGAGAAACAGUGUCUCAUCCUGACUUCAGCUCUGAAAUCAAACCCAUCACACCUGAGAGAACUGAACCUGAGUCUGAAUCAAAUAAGAAACACAGGAGUGAAUCACUUAUGUGACGUACUGAAGGAUUCACGCUGUAAACUGGAGAGAUUGAGUCUUCGUGGCUGUGACAUUACAGAUGUUUCUUCUUUAACUCAGUCUUUGACAAACACAAAAGCUCUGCAGUUUCUAAAAGAGCUUGAUCUGAGAGUUAAUAAGAUUGGAGACUCAAAGCAGAAGCUCAUUGAUGUGCUACGAGACUCAAACUGUGAACUGAGUGUAGAUACAGAGCCAUCACCAGAAGUCCCUGAUAGAGUUAAAUCACCAGAAGCUGAUAAAUGCUGUGUAUCAUAAAGUGAAGUGAUCUUGAGAGGAGCAGUAAACAUCAGCUGAAGAUCCACAGAAGAGCUUCACUACUGUGUCUAUGAGGAGAAAUAAAUGUGUGAUAAAUGUGUAAAUGUGAUCCAUACAGGUGAAGAGACUCAGACUUUACAAUCAAAUAAUGCAGCAUGUGUGUUAGAAACAUGAUAUUGAAUGAUUAAUGUUGCUUUAGUAUUCAAGCAGAUGAUCAUUGUGUUUAAUGUAAAGCUGGAACAGAGGAGGAAGAAGCUCAGAUGAGUCUGUCUGGAUCUUCAGUUUAA